GCGCCCCGCCCCGCCCCGGGACCGGCCGCGCUCCGCCCGCCGUGCCCGCACCGCGCUGCUGCCCAGGUGCGGAUCGACGCGGGAGCUGGGACAUGUGAGCUGGCCCUGUACCAUGCGAGGAUGUGCCCGCGCCCUCGCUGACCUGUCCCGCCCGGCACCAUGGGAGGAUGCUUCUCCAAGCCCAAACCAGUUGAAGUGAAAAUUGAAGUUGUGAUACCUGAGAAGGAGAGAAGCAAGGAGGAGAUGUCACCCAAUGGGAAAGCCAGCCCUAUGAUCUACAAAGUCAAUGGUACUGCCCGACACUACCACCUUGAGGAGCAUCCAAUUGCCAGCAACCCCUACCACAACCCAAAGGACGUGGUAGAAGCAUCUGUGUGCCACGUGAAGGACCUGGAGAAUGGACAGAUGCGGGAAGUGGACCUGGGCUGCGGGAAGGCUCUGCUCAUCAAGGAGAGCGGCGAGUUCCACGCCGUGGGACACAAGUGUCCCCACUAUGGGGCUCCGCUGGUCAAAGGGGUUUUGUCCAAAGGAAGAGUCCGCUGUCCCUGGCAUGGAGCUUGCUUCAAUAUCGGCACAGGUGACAUUGAGGACUUUCCCGGCUUGGAUAGUUUACCCAGGUUCCAGGUGAAGAUUGAGAAGGAGAAGGUGUACAUCCGAGCAAGCAAGCAGGCUCUUCAGACACAGAGGAGGACAAAGAUGAUGGCAAAGUGCAUCUCCUUGAGCAACUACAACCUGAGCAGCACCAAUGUGCUGAUCAUUGGUGCAGGGGCAGCUGGGCUGGUCUGCGCAGAGACCUUACGCCAGGAGGGUUUCUCUGACCGGAUUGUGAUGUGCACCAUGGACAGACACUUGCCUUAUGACAGACCAAAGCUCAGUAAGUCAAUGGAUUCCCACCCUGAGCAGAUUGCCCUGCGCCCCAAGGAGUUCUUCUGCACCUACGACAUCGAAGUCCUGACUGAAAUGCAGGUGGCGGCUGUGGAUGUGAAGAGCAAGAUAGCUGUGUUCAAGGAUGGGUUUAAGAUGGAAUACAACAAGCUGCUGAUAGCAACGGGAAACAUGCCGAAAACUCUCAGCUGCAAAGGCAAGGAGAUGGAAAACGUUUUCAACAUCCGGACACCUGAAGAUGCCAAUCGUGUGGUGAAGCUGGCCACGAGCAAGAACGUGGUGAUCGUUGGAGCGUCCUUCCUGGGGAUGGAGGUGGCUGCCUACCUUGCGGAGAGGGCCCACUCGGUGUCCCUGGUGGAGCUGGAGCAUGUCCCCUUCAAGAAGUUCUUUGGGGAGAGGGUUGGCCGUGCUGUCAUGAAGUUGUUUGAGAACAACAGGGUGAAGUUCUACAUGCAGACAGAGGUGUCGGAGCUUCGGGAGCAGGAGGGGAAGCUGAAGGAGGUUGUGCUGAAGAGUGGGAAGGUCCUGCGUGCUGACGUCUGUGUCGUGGGUGUUGGUGCAGUCCCAGCGACAGGCUUCCUCAAGCAGAGUGGCAUCAACAUCGACUCCAAGGGCUUCAUCGUGGUCAACAAGAUGAUGCAGACCAACAUUCCAGGGGUCUUUGCUGCUGGAGAUGCUGUCACAUUUCCAUUGGCCUUGAGGAAUAACAAGAAGGUGAAUGUUCCCCACUGGCAGAUGGCCCACAUGCAUGGCCGCAUCGCUGCCCUGAACAUGCUGGCCCAUGGCACGGAGAUCAGCACUGUCCCGUACUUGUGGACAGCUAUGUUUGGGAAGAGCAUCCGAUAUGCAGGCCAUGGGGAAGGAUUUGAUGAUGUUGUCAUUCAGGGAGAUCUAGAUGAACUGAAGUUCGUGGCAUUUUAUACCAAGAGUGAUGAGGUGGUGGCUGUGGCCAGCAUAAACUACGACCCAAUCGUCUCCAAGGUGGCUGAGGUCCUGGCUGUUGGCAGGACCAUCCGGAAGCGUGACGUGGAAACUGGAGACAUGUCCUGGCUAACAGGGAAAGGCUCCUAAUGCUGCUGAUGGCUGAGCCCUCCUGAUGCUGCACUCGCCGUGGGGAGAUGGGACAGCAGCUCCAAGGCCCGGUGGGAAACCCAUGGCUCAGCCAUUUCCCUUUGAGACCUGGAUGAACCUGGCACUGUGUACUGACCUUCCCAGGAGGAUCUCACCCAGCUCCUCUGCCCCUGUGCCUGCUGGGCUGGGGCUCUGCUGUUGCAAUUGCUGUGGAAUGCUGGAAAAGCAGCCCACAGAGAGCAUGGGGUUUGGCACUGGCAGUGGUCAUAGGUGCCAUAUGACUCUGGAUCCUGCCACUGGGCUGAGGGUCCCCAGGUGGGUCUGCCCCAUCCCUCACCCCCAUAAGCAGCACUAGUGCCUCUGGUUGCUCCUGUGCAUUCAUGCAUGAUGCCCCUUUCCAAAUUCUCUUUGCUUCCAGCAGAGCUCUAAUAUGCAUCCCUGCGGAGCCUGACAUCUGCUCCCUUCCUGCAUGACUGCAGUGUUUGCCACAGCUUUCCCUGUGCCCACCCACCCCAGGGGCCAUCUGAGCAGGCCAGGAGAUGGGGUUACACUGGGUGAUUUCUGUGCAGCUGCUGCUCGUGUUGUCCAGGCUGGUCCUGUGCAGCCCCACCAGCAGAGGUGGGUCCCUGUCCAUCCUGAGGGCUCUGGAGCUCAUCAUUCCCUGUCCCAGCAUCUCCUGUCCUGGAGCAGCCAAGGGGCUGGGGUGUGUUCCUUGUCUCCCAGGGUUCGGUUUGGGGCAGGGGCACUGGCAGCUCUUGGCCCAUUCCUGGGCUGUGUAGCAGGGGUACCAGAGAGCUGUGAUGGCUCAGCUGCAGCCCUAGGCUGGGUGGCCACCCUUCCAGCCAGCUUUGGGAUAUCUCUCCUUAAUGCUGUCAUGGGAUCAGUGCUGUUGCUGAGGUGUUACUCAAGGAAAAGCAGCUGGGGAAGCAUUUCCAGCUGUACAUUCUCUGGCACUUGUCUGGCGUAGUGACAGCAUUCCAAGCCCACCAGCCAGUGCUCUGCUGUUCUGUUUUCUGUCCCAUGCUGAAGAAGAGCCAUGUCUCCAGCUCAGGAGUGGACCUGGCCAGCCACAGCCCAGUGUCCAUCAGCCCAGCGGAGUGGGGGUUGAGGGUCCUCCUUGGAGAGACUGCAGUGCUUUGUUCUGGGCUUGACCCCUUCCCCAGCAGUCAUUGUUUUACCCUCAGUCCCAAACAAGAGGAUUUAUAUUUUUAAUUUGAUUCACACCACCGCCCCCCCCCCCCCCGCCCCAUGAAUUAAAGCAAUAUUAUUCUUGGGGUCUGGGUAAUUUCUGAUUCCUUUCAAGACCUUAGAUCACCUCUGCAUGGCCAGGUUGUCCAAGCAUCUCUUCUCUGGAGACUUCCCACCUGUGUCCAGCUCACCUGUAUUUCCAGUCUUUCAGAUCUCGGCUGGGUAGAAAUGCACCAGUGUCUAUCACAUCUCUGGUUGGUCUCUCCUGGUUUAACUGCAAAGCUUUUCCCAGAUGGAAUGACUAGGAGGCAUGGUAGCAGGAUGUGCACACUCCAACACACAGUGAUGAACAGGGACCAUUGCGUGUCUGCUGGAUCCACAAAGCGAUGGGGACUUGCAAGUCUCAUCUCAGGUUCCAAAAGAGAAAUGUCAGUGUUCCUGUCCUCAGGUCCUCCUCUGAGGGCAGGGGUGGCUGGGGCUGCUCAGCUCCUGGUGCCCCAGGCAGGGCUCUUCCAGGGCAGUCUAGGGCCGUGGGCACUGCCUAGGUGGAGGCAGCUGCCCAGGUGCUGCCUCAGCUCUGCUCACUGUCCACAAAGAUCUCACUUUGUAUCCCGUGUCCUGCUGGUGGGAUAGUUGGACUCGGCUUUGGCAGCUCCCCAGGGUACCCAGCUGGAGUGCCAGGGGACUCUGGGGCACCACAGGGUGGCAUUCCCUGGAGCUGUGUGUUUUCCCCAAGCUUUCUAUCAUAUUCUCCAUGCUGAGUGAGACUGGCAGCUCCCCCAGCACAACUUGGCUACACUGGGGACACACUGGCAGAGUGCUUUGUUUUUCAGGAAGAUGCUUUUUGACCUUUGCCUCUCAUGGGGCCUCAUCCAGUAUUGGGCAUGAGCUGCAUAAAGUGGGCAUCACCCCCAUGUUCACAGCGCUGAAGAGCAUUCAAGGGCUGAGGAAGGAUCUUCUGCCCCAGUCUACAGCUACAGUGGGGGUAAUAAGUCCCAUUCCUUGCUCUUUACAGAGCCGUUGUUUCAGGCAGGGCUGGUAAUAUCACCCGUGACACAAGAAAACUGCAGAAACACUGUAGUUUUCCUUGGGACAUGUGCCAGGUCAUGGCAGGGCUGCAGGCUCAGAUGGGUAUUGCUCUUCUGCACAGAUAUGGGGUGGUGUGAACCUGGGACUCCUUAUCCAGUGCCUUGGCGAAUGCUUCCCGGUGGCAAGUCUGUCCUGGAAAUGGGCAAGGCCGGGUUGUGUUCUCUGCCACCUUUCCAGGCACAUCUUGCAACCUCUCAUGCCAGGACAGAAAGUUUCCAUCUCUUCUUAAGAAGCUGCCUGUUCCCAUGAGGAAUGAGAGUCCAGCUGGGGUACAUGCAGUGACUCCCAGUGCACUGCCCCAUCUCAAUUACCAUCACCAGACUGCCCAGGUGAGACCCCACCUGGAGAACUGCAUCCAGCUCUAGGGUCCCUGCACAGGAAGGACCUGGAGCUGCUGGAGCGAGUCCAGAGGAGGCCACGGAGACUCUCUGAGGACUGGAGCCAGGGGGUGCUCACCUGGAGAAGGCUCCAGGGAGAGCUCAGAGCCCCUUCCAGGGUUUAAAGGGACUCCAAGAGAGAUGGAGAAGGACUUGGGACAAAGGAUGAAGGGACAGGAUGAGGGCAGGUUGGGAUAUUGGGAAGAAGAUGGGAUAUUGGGAAGAAAUUGUUCCCUGUGAGGGUGGUGAUUCCCAGCACAGGGUGCCCAGAACAGCUGUGGCUGCCUAUGGAUCCUGGCAGUGUCCAAGGCCAGGGUGGACAGUGCUUGGAGCAACCUGGGAUAGUGGAAAGUGUCCCUGCCCAUGGCAGGGAGUGGGAUGAGAUGAGCUUUGAAGUCUCUUCCAACCCAAACCAUUCUGUGAUCCUAUAACUUCAGCCAGUCAGGUGUUGGUCUAACCAUGCUUUCAGUCCCAGAUGGUUUGGUUUUGGCAGCAUAUGGCAGUGAACUCUGCAAUUUCAUUUUAGCUUUAUCCAGGGAAAGAAUAGUCUCUUUCUUUGGUUUCUUGUGUUCCUUGAAAGUUCCUGGCCCUUAAGGAUCCCACUUAUAGCACUUGCUCCUACUAUUUAAGACACCUUCUCUGAUGCACCUUAAGGAGUGAGUUGGAGACUGAAGAUCAUGAGGUGAGACCAGAUCUGUUGGGUAGAACUGACUGACACCUAUAGUAUGUCCAGAGAAGGCAACACUUCUGGGGAAGGGGCUGGAGCCCCAGGAGAGGCUGAGGGAGCUGGGAAAGGGGCUCAGCCUGGAGAAAAGGAGGCUCAGGCGGAACCUUCUGGCUCUGCACAACUCCCUGACAGGAGGGGACAGCCGGGAGGGUCGGGCUGUGCUCCCAGGGAACAGGGACAGGAGGAGAGGGAGCGGCCUCAGGCUGGGCCAGGGGAGGCUCAGGUCCAUAUUCAUGGAAAGGUUUGUCCAGCUCUUACACAGGCUGGCCAGGGCAGUGGUUGAGUCGCCGUCCCUGGAAGUGUUAAAAAAAAAGUGUAGAUGCAGCACUUGGGAACAUGGUUUAGUGGUGGCCCUGGCAGUUCUGGGCUUAAGAUUUGACCUGAUGAUUUUAGAGGGAUUUUCCCACCUUACUAAUUCCGUGAUUUUAAACGUGAAGUUCCUGAAGAACCUUUCACUGCCAUUCACCUCUGGUUCAACCACCCCCUAACACAUCAUCACCCACUGCCCUCCCCAGCACCCCUGAGCCUGGAUGGGUAAAUGCUCCAUGAACCUGAAGAAGCAUUUCAGGUGAAGAGUGACAUCCUCUCAUGAGGCAUCCUCAUCUGUCAGGGGUCUUUGAGCAAUAUUUGUGUUGAUAGAGUCUGGUUGGGAGAGGGUACAGUUGCUGCAAGUCACAGUGACUGGUACAACCUGCUGUGAUCCCCUAAAGAUGCUGCAGAGGGGAGAUGCUCUGUGACUUGUGAUUUCCUUGCAACUCCACUUUUGAUUCCUGCAUGAGCUUCAUGUUCCAAGGUGGGAAGUCUCCUUCCCCAGAUCUCCCUUCCAGCUCAGCAACCGUGUCCCCAGGGAGCCAAUGGCCCUGUGGCCCUGCGCAUUAGCCUGGCCUGUCAUCUCACUGAUCCCCUCCUGGCUAAUCCCAGUUGAUCCAGGCUGGGGUGAGCAGGGCUCAGCUGCUGUCUAUGGCUGCGCCCACCCCGCUGCCCUCCAGCCUGCGCCAGGGCUUGGUGGCCUUCAGUGGCUCCCUCUUCAUCAACAACAAGACACGGGACAGCGGCACUGCCCACACCUUCCAGCCAGGUAUGGGCAGAAGGGCUCUGCCAAGGGGACUUGGGAACAGGGGCUGUCCAUCACCGUGACCCUGCUCAGCACAUCACCAAAGCACCUGCAUGCCUCUGAGGCAGCAGCACCCAAAG